CCUUGGGGCGGGCGGCGAUUGGCCAGUUCGGAAGGGAGGCCGAAGUUUGAAAUAUUUAAACGGCGGUAACGGCGGAGGGAGCUGAGGCGACUGCGAGAGGAGGCCCCGGCGGUUCCGAGGGGUUUGCUCCAAGAUUGCUGGAAAAAGGCUUUGCUCCAGCAAAAUGUCUGAGGAACGGUAUUCCUUUGAUGUCCCCAAUGAAUACAUUGACUUUAAGAACAUUAAAGAUGGUGAAACAACUGGCAUUGAUGCCUGGUUUGAUCUCAGAGCUGGUCUUCUGAGCACUCCAAGUUCAGAUAUGCCAGCCAGUCAUCUGAGAACUCCAAGUUCAGACAUGCCAGCCGGCAUCCUGCAGAAAUCCUCAGCAUCAAGGGCUAACAUUCCACGUGCCAUUGUCUCUCCAAUGGUGAAAUCCACUGAGAAUCACAAUGAAAAUGAGAUGGGACUGGCUAACAGGGUGCCACCAAAUGUGGUUGGAUCCAUGGCACAGUGGCGCAGUGCAUCAAAUGAGGCAGUAGCUGCCCCUGCAAGGGCCCCAGGAAGGGUGUCAAAACAGCUCUUGGAACGGCAGAAGAGCGCUCAGCGCAAGUGCGCUGCCAAAAUGCAUGCCAAGAGAUGUGCCGCCUUGGCCACCAAUGAACAGCUGCCACCACCUGUAAAGAAACAGAAACGGAUUUCAUCCAAGGGCAAGUCCACUGAGGACCUGGAGGUAGAGAAAAUGCAGCAGCUGCAGCAAGAGGUGGCUGAGCUGCGCAGGAAGAACGAGGACUCCCUCAAAGUGGCCAUUGCUGGACCGGGGCAAACCGUCAAGAAGAUGGUGACCCAUGUCACCAAGCCAGUAGAUUUCCACUUCCGCACAGAUGAAAGGAUUAAACAGCAUGGCGAAAAUCAGCCCGCCACAGAGUAUAAGGAGGUGGAUUUCAAAGCUGCUCUGAGGAGGCACCCACCAUCUCCGGUCCAAGCGUCAAAGGGUAUGACAGUCCCGAAACCCUUCAACCUGUCCCAAAGCAACAAAAGGAAGUUUGAUGAAGUUUCCACAGAAUUUGUAUCAAUGGCCCAGCAGGUUAGAAACUUCCAGCAACGCACCCCACCACGUUACCACCUGAGGAGCAGAAAGACUGAGGAAGGCAUAAGCCAAACAAAGCCACUUAAGGCCAAGGUAACCAACCCCAAAACUCCCCGCCUUGAAACCAAGACCCGCCAGAGACCUGUCAAAUGCAAGAGCACUGCUGAGUUAGAGGCUGAGGAGAUUGAGAAGCUUCAACAGUACAGGUUCAAAGCUCAAGAGCUCAACCCCCGGAUCCUGGAGGGAACACCAAUCUUGCCCAAGAAGCCUCCAGUGAAGGAGCCCACCAAGCCAGUUGGCUUUGAUUUGGAAAUAGAGAAGCGCAUUCAAGAACGGGAGAGCAAGAAGAAGCACCAGGAGGAGGAACACUUCCAGUUCCAUUCGAGGCCAUGUCCGACUAAAAUCCUGGAGGAUGUGGUGGGUGUUCCUGAGAAAAAACUGCUCCCUCCCACAGUUCCACAGUCCCCAGCAUUUGCUCUGAAGAACAGAGUUGGCAUCCUGGCUAAAGAGGAGAAAGCGAAGGAAGAGGAAGUUGUGCCUGUGAUCAAAGCCAAGCCAGUGCCGUACUUUGGGGUGCCCUUUAAGCCAAAAGCUGCAGAACCUAGGCAGGUGGAGAUGUGCCCUUUCUCCUUUGACUCUCGGGACAAAGAGAGGCUUCUUCAGAAAGAGAAGAAAAUUGAAGAAUUGCAAAAAGAAGAGGUGCCAAAGUUCAAAGCACUCCCCCUGCCCCACUUUGACCACAUCAGCCUUCCAGAAAAGAAGACCAAGAGCCCCACCAAGCUGGAGCCCUUCCAACUGGCUGUUGAUAUGAGAGGAGCUGUGAAGCAAGAGCAGUGGGAGCAGCAGCUCAAGGAAGAGAUGAAACAACAGAGGGAAGCUGCCUCUUUCAAGGCUCAGCCAAGCACCGUGUUGCACCAGGAACCUUUUGUGCCCAAGAGGGAGAGCAAAGUCCUUUCAGAUGUCCUUUCUGGUUCCGUAGCUCCAAAAAGCUUUGAGCUGGCCACAGAGCGGCGCGCCCGAGAGCGGCAGGAAUUUGAGAGGCGGAUGGCGGAACUUGAAGCUGAGAAAGCGCGGCUGCAGGAGACAGCGAGACGUCAUGAGGAAGAGCAGAGGAAAGCCGAGUUGGCUGAGCUGAGAGAAGAGCUGGUACACAAAGCCAACCCCAUCCACAGGUACCAGCCAGUGGAGAUCAAGGCCAGCGACCAGCCCCUGACCGUGCCCCACUCUCCAAACUUUUCCAAAAGGUUUCAACGCUGAUGCGUAACCAAGAAAGAAAAGACAAGGGGUGCUUUUUUCCCCUUCUUAGUAUAGUGUUUUUUCCCCCUUUUGUAUUUUAUUGACUUGUUUAUCAAUAAACUAUCAUACUUAAGCAAUAUAAAAUGUUACUACUGGGAGUGCUUUUCCUGCUAAGCCUAGGGGGAAAAAGUGUCAUUUUCCAAUUUCUCUCCGUAACUGAAACCCAACCCUCAAAACAUUUUGCACAUACCCUCUAGGACUUGAGUUGCUGUGCAGAACUUCCUUGUUCUUGUGUGGCCUUGUUUCCUGGACUGGAUCCUCCUGCCUUAAUCGCUGGCUCUGGUUGGAAACCAUGCUUUUGAUAAACCUGUACCACAGCAUGCGGAACUGAGUACAGUCAAGGGGAGGGGGGCAGGCUUUCUUUUUCUCUGAGCUGAGGUGGAGAUGGAUGCAUGCUUUUUCUCCUCCCCACCCCCAUUUUGUGCUGUUAUUUUCACAUCCCUAUACAGGAGGCAACAAUUGGUAUUCAGCCAGAAGCACCACAUUUCUCUUUUAAUUACAUUUAGCUUUCCAGUGAUUUUAGCUUUUAAACAAAGGUUGACAUGUGUCAUGACCAUAGAACAAUUUUGCUUUGAUGUUGUAUAUGUAAUAAAUGUAAUAA